AUGUCCCUCCCAUGGCUCGACCAACCGGUCAUGCUGCACUCUUCCCGCGACCCGGGCGAGUGCACCAUGACUCCCGAGCAAUGCGCCUACAAAUCGCGAUACUGGGUCUUUUGGUACGAGGCCGACCAUCGCUACGCUCUGCCGACGGUUGCGUUCUUCCUCGUCGCCAUUGCACUGUUUACUCUCGGGCACGGAGCCGCAGCGUACACGCCGAGGCGGCUCAACCGAACAACAGGAUGGGCGCGAAUCACCGCGCUCUUUCGCUUCUUGUCCUAUAGAAGUUGGAGAGUUGCGGGCUGGAACACGCAGUCGCUGGGCGGGUUACUGCUUGCUGGUGCAGGGGUUGUCUUUUUUCUAGCAAUGACCCUGGGCCCUCGCCCAUACUACUGGCCCAACACGCGCGAAAUCAGCUUUGGCAACUCGCCGCCCAUUGCAACGCGCGCCGGCUUCCUGGCUCUCGCAUGCAUGCCUUUCCUCUUCGCCCUCGGCGCAAAGUCUUCCCCAAUAACAACCCUAACCUCCAUCUCUUCGGAGAAGCUCAACAUCUGGCACGCCUGGGUCGGCUGGGCCAUGUACGUGCUGGCCCUCGUGCACACCUUUCCCUUUAUCGUCUUCCACAUCUGGAAGGGCGACAUCGUGAGCGAAUUCAAGACCGGGGGCGUCUGGGUUACAGGCGUCAUCGCGCUCCUCGCGCAAACGUGGUUGACACUGCUAUCCAUCCCUUGGAUCCGAAACCGGUACUACGAAUUCUUCAAGGCAGGGCAUUACCUCGCCGCAAUCAUCUUCUUCAUCUUCUUCUUCAUCCACUGCGACUUUCGCAUGUCGAGUUGGGAUUACUUCAUUGCUACGGGCGUUCUCUAUGCGCUCUGCUGGGGGUACGCGUUUUGCAAGACGUACUUUGAGCACGGGGUCGGCCAUCGUGCCGCGCUAUUCAAGGAGACGGACCACACGCUCAAGAUUGCCAUCGAGACGGACAUGGAGUGGCGCGCGGGCCAGCAUAUUUACCUCCGGUUCCUGACGGGGGGCAUGCAUGUCCUCUCCACGCACCCGUUUACCAUCUGUUCUGUUUCUGAAGAGGGACGGAGGAAUACGCUUGUCUUCUACGUUCGGCCGCGUGGAGGGUUGACAGCGCGCCUGCUGAAAAUGGCGGAGAAGCAGCCUGGUAUUAGUGUUCCUGUUCUCCUCGACGGGCCGUAUGGUGGGCUCCCCGCGCAUCGCUCGAUGAGCUCCUUCGAGCGGAGUGUUGUGGUCGGUGGAGGUGCGGGUGCUGGAUUUACACUCGCGAUGAUUGAGGAGUUUAUGCAGGGGUUGUCUCUGGCGCAAGACGUGGCAGCUGGUGCGGGUAUGGAGGUGAUCGUCUCGUCGCAGGAUCCGGAGUUGCGGACGUGGUACCUUGAGGCGUUGAAAGAGAUCGAAGCGAAAUAUCCCGACGUCGACAAGACCGUGCGAAUCGCCGUCUCGAUCCACCAGACCGGCUCGCGCGAAACAUCAGCUUCACCGACCGUCGAAGCAAAGAACGACCUUGCGCUAUCCGCAACGGACCAGCCAUCAAAGGAAAUCAACUCAUCCGUCGACGAUCCCAUAGCAUCAGAUCUAUCCAGCAUAUCCUUCGCACACGGCCGACCGAACCUCCCGACGAAGAUUGCAUCGGUCGUGGGAGAGGCCGGUGCAUCCUCAGUCGGGAUCGUGGUCUGCGGGCCAUCAUCCAUGAGUCAUGACGUCGCGAGUGCGGCGGCGGCAGCGCAGACGAGGAUUAUCGGUGGGAAGACGGCGGUCAAGGAUGUUUUUCUUCAUCAGGAGAGUUUUUCGUACUAG